AAUAUUGUUGUUUUAGUUUAGACCACAGGGUUAGGCCAUCGCCAAACGACCUUGUUAAAGAGACUUGAUAUUACUGGAUUACCGCGAGAUUUUCUUGUGGGAAAACCUUAUUGUUGUAAACAUUCAGAAACUCUGUUAUUCGUUUUGACACAUCAUCAUCACAGUAUGAAUCUUUCAAAAGUGAUCAUUUUGUUCGUUAGUCUGAUGAGCGGGAUUGCCAUGGUGGCAUCGUAUGCUAUACCGGAUCGCGAGGAACCAAGUGAGCACAAAAUCAGCAAGCGCUCCUCCACCGCCGACCACAGCAUCAAUGAAAACCAGAGCCGACAACAAACGAGAUUCAACCGACAAUUAUUCAUGGCAAGGCUUAUGCAGUCUGUUGACACGAGCGGAGAGCGACCCGAUAUCACACCGUCGAUGUUUGGUUCAUCUACGACGACAACGAAGCUUCGAAGCGCGCCUGAGAGCGGCAGCGGUCGAGGUCGAGGCCGAAAACACCGAAAGAUGAGGCGACGAAACCGAGGUGGUCGCAAGAGGAACAGGAACGGUAAGAGGUCAAGAAAGGGAAGACGCCAUCCGCGAUCCAUCGAAGACUCCAUCGCUAUGCUGAUGGAAAGUGCUUAUGGAGAUGAAAUUCUAAACGCGAUUGCAGCGAUUGUUGAACCAGCUGGGAAUCUAUCUGGGGAAGUUGCCAUCGCAUCGAAGAUCGUCCAGAAAACGGCGAGGAAAUGUGAGUGCAAAUCCGGCUAAAUGAGGGAUGUCGAUAUUUAACUUUAUAUUCUGCAUGUGUACGGUUGUAAGCCAAGUACUGCAUCGGCACGUAGCAUGCUAUUCGGCAUUAACAAAACUUCGGGCCGCGAAAGUGCGCCAACUUCAUAUCAUUUAUUUUUUUAAAAACAAUGUUCUAACUAAAGAGCAUUCUCUUAAACUUAACCUGGGAAUACUUAACGACAAUCGAUGCUUGCUGCAUGAUUAUAGUAUUAUGUUACAUUGUAGUUCUUUUUGUGACGAUUUCAAGGCAUCUGUUUCUACACCUGCCAGAACGCAUGUGUUUUUGACAUUUUUCCAUUAUGUUUUGAGUGACUGGCAUUCGCCAGUAAGCGUUUACUGUGAUUAUAUUAUCGCUUGUUUUAUAGAGAUUGGUUGUUACCUUUUUAUAGAUAGUUGCAUGUUUCUUUCAACGUACUUCUGACACUUUUCGUGACGAAAAAGCAUGACUUUUGCUUCUCUUUUGUUCCAAGUUACUUCUUAUAUUUAUUGCAUGUGUUACUAUACACGACAACGCUUUAUUUAGCGGCGAUUGACAUCGCGACAAUCUUUCUUUAUUCUUGUAAAUAGUAAAACUGUAUGCUUGUUACUGCAUGGUGAAUAUGCACGACAAUUUUAUUUAGCAUGUUGAUUUCUCCCUUUGCGAAAAAAAUCCGAUUCUCUUCUCCAUUUUCUUUGCAUAUAUUCACUGAAUGUCAUAAUAUUGAAGUAAAACUUAACUUUUCUGACAUCUGGAUUUCGCUUAACCGCAUUGCCCACGAAAUACAAUAAGAAACCGGCUCAUAAA